GGCUCAAAGCUCAUAAUCGCAAAUUUGCUGUGUCCAUUUCCCCCCAAAAUUCCCCACAAUCGCUAACUGCUAUCGCAACGAUGUCGUCGGAGGCUGCGGAGGAGAAGAAGGUGACGGUGAGAAGUUCCGAUGGAGAGGUGUUCGAGCUGUCGGAGACUGUGGCUCAGCAGUCGGAAACUUUAAAGCACAUGAUCAGAGACGAUUGCGCCGAGAACUGCAUUCCCCUUCCGAACGUUACCGGAAAGAUCCUCGCAAUGGUGCUUGAAUACUGUAAGAAGCACGCCGUGGUUUCGAGUGUGAAUGAGCUUAUUUCAUUCGACAUAGACUUUAUUAGAGUCGACCAGACUACUCUCUGCGACCUGAUACUGGCUGCGAACUACUUGUGUAUUAGGGGCCUUUUGAAACUGAGUUGCUCAACUUGGCGGAAACGAUCAAGAAGAGAUACUCGCAAGAUAUUUAACAUCAUGGAUGACUUUACCCCCGAGGAGGAAGAGGAGAUCUGUCGGGAGAACCAGUGGGCUUUUGAGUGA